GCUCCGGAGUCGAUGCUCCUCCUGGUGCGGCGCAGUCUCAGCUCUCCACCGGACCGGUAUGCACUAUCCGCGGAGGAGGAAGUGAGCCGCGCCAACCGUGAAAGAUGCAGGCGGAGGACAUGGAGGUACCUAUCAUUAAUAACCUUAACGAUAACGGCGACAGACAGAGGCCGAAAGGGAAAGAUGUGUUCAAGGAUCAGCAGAAGGAGUCGGAGAGCUCCAUGGAGUCUCCCAACCUGGAGUUUGAGUAUGGAGACACAGACACACUCACUGCUGAGCUUUCAGAGCUCUACAGUUACACAGAGGAGCCGGAGUUUGCCCUGAACAGAGACUACUUUGAGGAGGACUUCAGGAGCCAUGCUCGAGGCAGGAGGUGGAUCGAGCUGACGGUGGAGGAACAGAGGGCGUAUGUGAUGAGGCUGCUGGACGCGCUGGAGGUGACGGACAGGGACAAGAGGCUGAAGGUGGCCAGAGCCAUCCUCUACCUGGCUCAGGGAGUGUUUGAUGAGUGCGACACAGAGGUGGAUGUGCUUCACUGGUCCAGACACAACGUCUUUCUGCUCUACGACAUGGGCAUCUUCACGGCACUGCUGGAGCUGCUCAGCAUGGAGAUAGAUAACAGCCAGGCGUGCAGCAGUGCAGUGAGGAAGCCUGCCAUCUCUCUUGCAGACAGCACAGAGCUCAGAGUGUUACUGAGCAUCAUGUACCUAAUGGUGGAGACCGUUAGAGUUCGAACAGAGGACGACCGACCUGAGUGGAUAGCAGCCAGAGAGACCUUCAAGAAUGAGUUAGGUUCACCCCUGUACAACGGAGAGCCCUUCGCCCUGCUCCUCUUCACCAUGGUGACCAAGUUCUGCAGCAUGAACGCCCCACACUUCCCCAUGAAGAAAGUACUACUGCUGCUCUGGAAGACAAUACUGUUCACCUUGGGGGGUUUCGAGGAGCUCCAGGAGAUGAAGGUGCGGGGCAGAGAGCGUUUCAACCUGCCUCCACUACCGGAGGACAGCAUCAAGGUGGUUAGAGCCAUGAGAGCAGCCUCUCCCCCGGCCUCCGCCAUGGAGCUCAUCGAACAGCAGCAGCAGCAAAAGAGGGGCCGCCGCAGCCGCAGGCCCCUGGUUAAGCAGGACAGCCUCGACACGUACAACGAACGGGACCCCUUCAAAAACGACGAUGCCCGGGAUGAGGAGGAGGACCCCGAGGACACGGACAGCGGCAUCGAGGGCGAGGUGGACCCCCUGGACCGGGAUGUCAUCAUCCAGCCUCCACCACCACCGCCUCCUUUGAGACCUCCGACAGAGAGGGUCAACUUCCCCAAGGGCCUCCCCUGGGCCCCUAAAGUCAGGGAGAAAGACAUCGAGCACUUCCUAGAGACCAGUAGAAACAAAUUCAUCGGCUUUACUCUGGGAAAUGACACAGAGACCUUGGUUGGCUUGCCCAGACCCAUCCACGAGAGUGUCAAGACUCUUAAACAGCACAAAUAUGUGUCUAUUGCCGAAGUCCAGAUCAAGAAGGAGGAGGAGCUACAACAGUGUCCAAUGACUCUGGGUGAGGAGGAGGUGGAGGAGACACCAGCAGAGAUGUUGUACCUGGGCAUGCUUCCUAACCUUUCCCAGUAUGUGAUUGCCCUCCUGAAGCUGCUGCUGGCCGCAGCUCCCACCUCCAAAGCCAAAACGGACUCUAUCAACAUCCUGGCUGAUGUGCUGCCCGAGGAGAUGCCUAUCACAGUCCUUCAGAGUAUGAAGCUGGGAAUUGACGUGAACCGUCACAAGGAAAUCAUCGUCAAGGCCAUCUCUGCUCUGCUGCUGCUGCUGCUCAAGCACUUCAAGCUCAACCAUAUCUAUCAGUUUGAGAUUGUGUCCCAGCACCUGGUGUUUGCCAACUGUAUCCCACUCAUCCUCAAGUUCUUCAACCAGAACAUCAUGUCCUACAUCAGUGCCAAAAACAGUAUCUGUGUGCUGGACUUUCCCCACUGUGUGGUGCAUGAGAUGCCUGAGCUCACAGCUGAGAGCUUGGAGGCAGGAGACAGCAACCAAUUCUGCUGGAGGAACCUGUUCUCUUGUAUCAACCUGCUGAGAAUCCUGAACAAGCUGACCAAGUGGAAACACUCCAGGACCAUGAUGCUGGUGGUGUUCAAGUCCGCCCCCAUCCUGAAGAGAGCUUUGAAGGUGAAACAGGCCAUGAUGCAGCUCUACGUUCUCAAGCUGCUUAAGAUCCAGACCAAGUACUUGGGCCGCCAGUGGAGGAAGAGCAACAUGAAGACCAUGUCAGCCAUCUACCAGAAAGUCCGCCACAGACUCAAUGACGACUGGGCCUAUGGAAAUGAUAUUGAUGCUCGACCCUGGGACUUCCAGGCGGAGGAGUGCGCCCUGCGUGAGAGCAUCGAGAAGUUCAACAGCCGCCGCUACGACAAGAAUAAGAAUGGGGACUUCACGCCCGUGGACAACUGCCUGCAGAGUGUGCUGGGCCAGCGCGUGGAUCUACCCGAGGACUUCCACUACAGCUACGAGAUGUGGCUGGAGAGAGAGGUGUUCUCCCAGCCGAUCCAGUGGGAGGGGCUGCUGCAGAAUCCGUGA